AAAAAAUCAAUCGAUCCAAACGAUCCUCGAAAAACAUGAACUGUGCUUUUACUUUCUGCGAUCAAGUCAAAUCGAUACGAUUCGUCGAUACGGGACUUUUUCUAACGUUCGUCAGAGAUGUGUCAGCAUCCCCCACGGAACUGUACCGGGAGUAUGGUUGAACGAGGGAUGGACUGAGGGUGCGCGUGGAGAGAUCAGUUGUGCGGAAGAGGCUAACGCCCAGCUGCCCGGCAGAUCGCGGGUUCGUACGUUCGCGAUAACACUCUCGACUGUCGGCAGACUUCUCGCCCCGAUUGGCAAUCGCCCCGGAGAAAGCUGAUAAGAUCGAUUGGGAUAUGUCGAUGUCCUUCGAGCUCACCCCCUCCUACACCACCUUCCGUAUCGUGCAAUUACUCUGAAAUCCUACGUACAAAUUCUACGCGUCUUCAUCUAGAUUGUUUCGUGCAGUGAAUCAUUGUAAUAUCAUGCCCUUUGAAUUCAUGGACACGGCCAGCGAACGAUGCGUACACGGCGCGAGAGCGAGGACAAUUCUCGAACGUUGGCACGAAACUGAAACGCGAGUGCGUGACUGCACGAUCGAAUAAGGAACGAGUGCAUUUGGAACACUAAUGAAGAAUACUUGGGCUCUUUGCAUUCCCCGGAAGUACGUUGUUUACGUGGUAAAUGUCUUCCUUGUUUUAAUCAUACAAUCAGGAAUACUCGUCGAUUAAUCGCAACAAACUUUACAAACAACUUGGUUUUAGAAUAACAAUAAACUUUCGCAAGUAUCGCCGCGUGUGUACAUACUGAGCGUAGAAAGUUUGAACGCCGAGGUUAGAAAAAUGUGACAAAUCGCCAAGACAGGAAUUUUUCACAGUGAAAACAAAAAUCCAGUGAGAUCCUUUUUUUUUCUCGAGACGAUGAGAUUCACGGUGAUCGGCGUUUCCCUUCUGUUUCACUUAACCUUGCUCAGAGGUUCGACAGGGAGCGAGGUGUCGUGCAGUAGCCGGCUGACGACGCCAAGAGGGGUGAUCCAAACCCCGAACUUCCCCCGGGCUUUCACGGUGCCGAUCAAGUGCCGCUGGGUGAUCGAUGUCUCCGACAUUUCAGCGAGCAACAGCUCCAUCGUCGUCUACUUGACACAGGUGUACGUGUACAAAGGGCUUCGUUUCACCGAGUACGCGUACUACGAGUCGGAGAGUAUGAACUUCGGCGCGACGCUGAUAAAAGAGAUCACCGAGGGCAAUGUGUUCGAGUACAAGCUGUUCAGAACGUUCAGGCCAUUCCUGGUCAUCGAGUUCGAGCUCGAUCAACUCGAAGGGAAUCACGUGCGGGUCCUGAACGAUUUGCUGGACGUGUACGGGUUCAAUAUCACGUAUCAGAUGACCGAGGACGUGCCAAACCCGGAUUCCUGUUCCGUCCAACGUUGCUCCUACACCGGGAACUGCUUCAUGUCGGGGGAUUACGAGAGCUUCUGGUGCGACUGCUUCGAGGGUUUCAGCGGCAGGAAUUGCAACAAAGGGCCACUCUGCUUCGACGACAGGAGAAACCCUGUCUGCCAGAACGAAGGCAUCUGCAAGCAAAUUGGAGCAGAGGCGAUGACCUGCAAAUGCGCUAACGGUUACGUCGGUCGUCACUGUGAGAUUCACCUUCUGGACACCGUGGAUGGCGAGUGCGGCAUCGAGAAUUGCAUAAUACAAUGCCCUUACGACGAGAAGGGGGAACAGCAACCGUGCGCGUGUAAAAACGGCACGAAGAUCUAUAACAAUCGGUCGAGAUACGAGUGCAGAAUCAAACUGUCGAACGUGACGUCCCUAAGGUCUGGCCUGAUUGCGCAACACGGCAGCUUAGAGUCCUACGUCGGUAAACAGCUGACAAAGUAUUUGAAGAACUCUAAUAUCUCUUCCAUGGAGGAUCUACAAAUCCUGAGCGUGACGCCAACGUCGGAAGUCACUUUCCACUUUUUUGGAAACUCCGAGGACGGAGACAAAAUUCGGGAGUCUUUGAACAAGUUGGUUCAACGGCGACGGCUCAGCGAGAUCUCCCUCGAGUCAACUCACUUCACCUUCCAGCAAAAGCCCGCGCUCAAAUUGCAGAGUCUCCGGCUGAAUCAAGGGAACGAGCACGAGAUUCAUCCGGGUGAUCAGUUUACUCUGUCCUGCGCUGCACAGGGCAGUUACAGCAUAAACUUCACUUGGUACAAGGACAGCAUGCUGGUGAACACGAACAAGGCCACCAGGAAAAUCUGGUACAAACAUCUUCCCAACGAUGGUUCUGAUCUGCACACGUCGAUACUAACCGUCGAGAGAGCAACUUUACUCGAUGCCGGCCAAUACACUUGCCAGAUAGUCGACUGGGGCGUGCAGCAAUGUAAGAGCAUUUACGUAGACGUGAAAGAUGAGCCAGACGUAAAGGUGAUGCCAAUGAGUGCCACCAUAGACAAGGGAACCAACAUACAGUUAACAUGCAUGACACCAAACGUCCCAAACAUUGGAAUUGGAUUCGGCUGGACAAAAAACAAAGCCCUGCUGAAGCUGGAACUCGGCAGCGAGGUCUGGGAAGAUUUGUUUCCUACUGGAAGCAUAUUAAAGAUUACAAAUGCGCAGAAAUCUGCGAUAUAUACCUGCAACGUGGCGGACAAAUCCAUGUCCGUUCGCGUGGAGAUUGUGAAUCGAACAUUGAUACCAAUCUGCUCGAGGGGCAAGUCUUGGAGCUUGACUUGGCCAGACACAGCCCCAGGAUCCGAGGCACUGUUGGAGUGCCCUCAACACUUUGUAGGCAAGAAAGUGUCCAGACUGUGCUCGAUGAAAGAUGCCACUACCCCCGAGUGGCAGACUCCUGACUUUUCUUCCUGCUUGUACGAGCCACUAGUCUCCCGUUACAACAAGUUCAAAAGCCUGACGUUGGGAUAUCAGAACACAACUGGUUCUGAGACGAUAUUCACCUUCUGGAAGAUUCUGCAGUCGCGUAGCUUGUCUCUCUAUCCUGGCGAGGGUGAUCGUAUUCUGAGUAUCUUGGCGGGAAUAGAGCGUUAUCAGCGUACCAUCGACCCCUCUGAUUUACACGUCUCGACGGAGGCUUUGAUACAGAUAAUCAAUCGAGUACUGAACGACGAAAGUUCGAUCUUGAGCCAGCAGAAAGUUCUGUUGCUCCUUCAAAUCACCCAACGUAGCCUGAUGCACUGGUCCAAGGUGGUCACUCAUCCUCAGAAACAUUUGUCUCUUUCCUCCUUGGUGGUAGACAUUCAAGAGUUGCAACAACACAACGGAGAUAGUAUUACCCAUUCUCUUCGAAUCCCCAUGGACGAGUCCACGUAUCCAAGUUGGUACGACGACAAGACAACAGUACGACUGUGGAAAAAAAGGCAGCAUGGAAUAAAGUCCAACAACACCCUUCACGGGAUAGUGAUCGUUUACAAAAAUAUGUCUCAUUUUCUUCCAGCCACAUACGUCAAGGAACUCGAUGAUGGCACAGAUCUGGAGUUCCGCAUCAACUCUCGAGUGGUCACGGUGGCUGUGCCUGCCUUCAGCUCGGACAAACACAAUAAAAUCUGGGUGGACCUGCAGUUGAAACACGUGGAGAAUCAGUCGAGUUCGUGGAACGUCUCGUGUGGUCUGAUGGAUGCUACAGGUUCCUGGGAUCUCAACAGUUGCAUCGCCAACACCUCUCCAGGCGACGCCGUGACACAUUGCCUCUGCCCCAGCGCUGGAACGUUUGCGGUUUUCCUAACAGCACGCGCUGUAAAAGUGAGUUCAGGCGAGGUAGUAUUCGCAAAAAGGGAACAGACCACGUUCAUCGUGAUAUUUGGAUGUGGCAGCUGUUUGGCGCAGUGUCUCAUAUCUUCCUUGAUCCUCGGCACCUUUUGGUGGAAGAAUCGCAGUUGGCUGAACUUCCUGAAACUUCAGUGCUGCGGUGCUUUGGUCGGAGCGAUGGCUACUUUCACUUACGCGGUGCACAAUUAUCUGCCAGAGAGUUCGUACGCGAUUGUAGCGAUAGCUCUGGAGGCUUUCCUUUUGAUUGGUAUGUCAGCGCCGAUAUCAGAGGCUCUCAUCAUCCUCGAAGGUCUGACUCAAGGCCGACCUGGUCAACAUUUUCAACCUACCAUUAUUGCAGUGGUCACUGGUGGCCCUGUCUUGGCCGUUUUAAGUACCGAACUCGCACACAAGAGCGUCGGUUGGAGACACAAGUCGUGGUGGUUGAUAUUUGGCAGUGGAGUUUACAAUAUCUUCGUUACUUGCUCGUCGAUGAUGUUCUUUACAUUUGUGUUAUUAUAUCUGGGGAUCCUGCACAAGACUCACGCUCUUGUCGAGGAGAACGUUAUGAAAAAAGAAGUGAUAGAGGCUAGGCUGCGUACGCUUCAUCGAUCUGCCGUAGUUAUCUGCGGUAUCCUCGCGGUGGAAGCCUCCUCUAUCUUCUACAUAAAUUACACUUCCAUCAUCUUUCACUACAUAUUCGCCUCCCUUUCAUCCGCCUUGGGCUUCAUUAUAAUGAUAGUCUACAUCGUGAACGGCGAGUUAACUACCGUCGACGUGAUCUUGAGAAAACUGAAGUGGAAACAGGAUACAGAAGAGGACAUAACGUCCGAGCCGAUCAAAGUGUGUUCAAAGAGCGGCGCCGAGGUGGAGAACGACACAGCCCCGCCGUCGUCGUCGUUGAGCAUCGGUGAGCCGUACCUGGAGGCACGGGGGAUCGCAGCUGGCAGCAUAGACAUGCGCGAGUUCGUGAACGAGUCCUCGUCCUCGUACACCAACACCUCCGUCCCAGUCGCCGGCAGAUUCCUGCCGGAGAUCCGGAUCGAUCACACAGACGACAUAAAUCUGGAGAACUACAGCACCAGCCCGCGAAAGUACCAGGAAGCGGUCGUGUUCGACAGCGUGUUCUCGCCGCGGCCUCCGUUGCACUGCGUGAACGAGAGCUACAGCGGCAACGAGUGCUGCGGCUUCCGCGAAUUCGGUAAAUACAGGGAGUCGCAGGGGCAGAUCUUCGUCGCGCACAAUCCGUCGCCGGAGAGCUCGGCGAAGGUUCUGUGCAGCGCGGACGUUGAGUCGCGGCUGAGCGGGAUGCCGGACGUGACGCUGGCCGUGAAGAACGACGUCGAGCUGCUGUCGGCGACGGAACUGAAGAGCAGGGAACACGUGAACGUCAUCCCCGACAUCGCCAACACUACGGAGCGUAAACAACCGGACGGGGAGGAGAAGGCGCCGGAGAUCGUGAUCACAAAUUGCGAGGCCACUGCGAGUGGUAUGCUGGAUCGUAUCGCGCACGAUCUCGACUAUCUGUUGAAUCGUACCCACUCCACGGAUGGGACGUAAAUUUUUAGAAAGGAAACGAAACGAUCUGAAGGAGAUUGAUUUCCUCGCAGUUCAAGAUGUGGGAAUAUGGCACACCUCUCUCGCCAUAAAUGUUUAACGUUAAGUUCAUUUACAUAUUUAAUACACGGUACUUAAUGAUGUCCUUAGGAGAAAUAAGUAAGAAUUGUUUGAAGGGAAUCGAACUGGCCCGAGCACAGCAGUUGUAGCACAGUGCUGUUCAGAAUAAAUUUUUGUUAUUAUAAUGUAGAAACGAUGAAUGUGCGAGAGCUAUAUGUUUGGAAGAACGCGCAGAGAAAGGGAAGGAAUGCACGACUGAGCAGCGCUAAUUUAACUAAACUAAAUGCAAAAGUCAAUCUCUCUCAUUUGAGUGAAACUGUCGUCUAACAUCUAAAUCCACGCAGAGAGUAGAAGUGGAAAACAGUUUGGGCUGUGACAUGCAGCAUUCGAGCAGACAUGCAAAUUCAAACGAAUAAAAAGUAAAAACAACGGUACGUUUUUUAGAAAAGAAGAUUAUUAUUAUCGUUAUUAUUAUCAUGUAUAAUGUUUAACUUUAAUGUUUUUUUUUUUUUUUUUUUUUAAUCUGUAACAAAGAUUCAACGUUAUAAGGAUAUUACAUUACACUUGCAAUGUGUUAAACGAAAACAAGACUUGGAAGAUACAGUCUGUCCCUCCCCCGUUUCUCUCCAUUUUAUAAAACUGUUUAUACUCUGUCUCACCUCUGUCAGACGUAUAGUCUCUGUAGAAAAAGAUAUCAUUCGCAAAAGUGAAUUACUCUUUGUAAGGACGUUUUCUCGAUUACACUCCAUCCAUUAAAAAAGUGUUUUAUAUUAAA